AAUAAACAAGUAUAUGUCAUGAAAAAUAUAAAAAGAAGAAAAAUGAAACAAAAUUAAAAAAAAAAAGAGAAAAUUAUAGUUUGAGGCAAAAAGAGUAAGAGAGAGAUGGGGUUAAGUGGGUGGGACGGUAAAAAAAAUAAUCCGAUAAGGCGGACAGUAAUGCGACGGGGAACGGACCGAGCCGAGCCGGUAAAUCCAUCGAAGCCACUAAAGCCUUAAUGACAUCGACAACAAACCCUCACGCGCUCAUCCCGGCGACCUCCCUCCUACACUCGCGCCUCAUGCGGCCGGCGCUCUGCUCCCACCGACGUGACCCCUUUACUCACUAACAACACCCAUCCUCUCUCUAUUCCCACCCGCUCCCCAAUUUUCCCACGCCCAAAAUCCACCCUUCCCGAUGGGCGACCUAACCGACCUCCAAAUAACGCCGUUCAAUGCCGGCACCACCGCCUCCACCCCGCCCUCCUCCAAACCUCGCCCCAUGCCCGUCCGCGAAGACUGCUGGAGCGAGGACGCCACGUCCACUCUCGUCGACGCCUGGGGCCGCCGCUACAUCGAGCUUAACCGCGGGAACCUCCGUCAGAAGGACUGGCAGGAGGUCGCUGACGCCGUCAACGCCCUCCACGGCCACACCAAGAAGACCCACCGGACGGACGUCCAGUGCAAGAACCGAAUCGAUACUAUCAAGAAGAAGUACAAGGUAGAGAAGGUUAGGGUUUCGUCCUCCAACGGAACCCUAACCUCGUCGUGGCCUUUCUUCGAGAGGCUCGACGCUCUCAUCGGAUCUAAUGUCAAGAAGGCGUCUCCUUCGCCUCACUCGCCUUCGCUGCCGGUCGCCGUUCCGUUGCCUUUGGGGUACCGGAAGACGCCGUCCUCGGCUCCGGUGGUGACGGCUGUGGCGCUUCCGCAGAAGCGGUCGGCAUCGACUGCGGCGCUCGACGAGGGUUUCUUCAGGAUGAAUUACUCGGCUGUGGCUGCGGCUGCAGCCGCAGCCGCAGGGGCUGACGAUGAGGACGAUGAGGACGAGGAUGAGGACGAUGACGAUAACGAUGAGGCCGAUGAGGAGGUUGAGAUGGCGAGGGAGAGCGGAGGAGAGGUUGGAAGCGGUGGAGGAGGAGGAGAAGGGUUGAAGAGAUUGGCGAGAGCGAUUGAGAGGUUCGGGGAGGUGUAUCAGAGAGUAGAGGCCGAGAAGUUGAGGCAGAUGGUGGAGUUGGAGAAGCAGAGGAUCCAAUUCGCCAAUGAAUUGGAGGUAGAGAGGAUGAGGAUGAUCAUGGACACGCAGGUCCAGCUCGAACGGAUUAAGCACGGCAAGCGGUCCGGCUCUAAUGAUGUUUACAGCUAGCUAGCCUAGUGCCGGAGAAGCUUUAACGGUAAACUUACGCAGGGGAAGCGUUAUGUAGCAUCUUCUUGAUUAUCCUAGGAAGUACAUAUUGUUGCAGCUGAUGAUACUGGACCUGAGAGAAACUACUGGCACCAACAGUCCCGGGUUUUAUUUUCGGCUCCUUUCAUCUCCUUUUUUUUUUUUUUUGCCAAAAUUUACUAUUAUUCUCAACUGUUCGGGAACUAUAUAAUUGUCUUGUUUGUUGUACUCGUCCUUAGAUCUGGUCCAGUGAAUUUGCUUAAUAUUAGUUAGCAUUUUUUUUUGGUUUGAACUCCACAAAUCUAGUUGCCUUGCAAUAUAAAAAAUUAGUAGUUAACUUGUC